AUGACAACGCAUCAUGAUAAUUUAGAUAGACUGCUACUGGUCUUUGUUCAUGGAUUCAGGGGCACUGAUACAAGUUUUAAAGACUUCCCCAAUAGACUCCAGACGAUAUUGACGAAUACAGUCAAAGCAGAUGUCAGCGCCAUCGUAUAUCCAUCAUACAAAACUGCUGGGGAUCUCAAAGUUGCCGUGGAAAAUUUUUCUGGAUGGUUAUGCCAACAGGUAUCUGAUAUAAAGAAGGAGAUGGAUAGAUUGGAGAGCUCUGGCAAAAUCAUGGUUGUUCUGCUAGGCCAUUCUAUGGGAGGCAUUGUCUCUGCAGAGACGAUAUUAAAGUUUCACAACAACAGCAAUGACUGUGCGGAUCAAUUACAAGGAGCCAAAAUCAUCGGCAUGCUUGCUUUCGAUACACCCUUUUAUUCAAUCAACCAAAACUUUGUGGCAGAGAAAGCGUGGUCUAGUGUUGAUCAGGUUCGAGGAUUGGGUAGUUUGUGGAACACAGGUGCGGCUACUGUAACAGCAGCUACAGCAACUAGAGCAAUUACUGCCAAUAAUCAUAGCAGUGCAGCAGGUCGAGGUGGCGGUGGCAGUGCCAAAAAAUGGGGAUUAUUUGCUGGCGUUGUGGGGGCAGCUGCUAUAGGCGCAGCUGCUUACAUUGCCCGUGAUAAGAUUCAGACGUCUUUGGCAGAUGCGUACGAUCAGUUGACAUUCAUCAGUGACCUGACAGAUAUGAAUGGCUGUGAUGAGAGAGUAAAGAAAUUAUUGGAGAUACCCGACAUGUUUUUCAAAUGCUUCUAUGUCCAAUUAAAUGAGCUGGGCAACGACCAUAGGCCCAAGACAUUCAUUAAACUACCACCCGAAGAUAUUGCAUAUUUAUUUGUGCCUAUACCAUCCUCUGCUGAUAACGAAAUUGCUGCACACACCAGUAUGUUUAAUCCUAAAAAGACAGAUCAUUACUAUGAGUUGGGGAGCGAUUCGCUAUCUCUGAUCAGCGAAAUGGUCGCUCGUUUUCAACGCAAAAACGCCGUGCCAUUGAUCCUCUCAAAAGAAGAUACUGAACAACAGCCCCAGGGGCAGCAAUAA